UAAAAUAGCGUAAAACCACAGAGUACAUUUUUUAUAACGUAAAACUGAUUGUAGGUUAUCUUUCGUUAAUUCAUCCAAUAUUCUCAGCUUAAAAAUAAAUAAUAAUAUUUUAAUAAAAUUUAAACUAAUAUGUAUUAAAUAUUACUGAGAAAUAUCAGAAAAUUUCCUUCACUAUGUCGAUAACCCAAAUAUUACGAUAUAACAGAUUGUACAUAAACCACAUAAAAUUCAGUGAUUAUUUCGUGAGAGGUGUUUCGAAAUGCCCGGCGGAACAAGAAAAUAAGUUUGAAACAGUCUAUUCGCUGCCUUCUAUAAAAUAUAUCGCUAUUUUAAAUAGGUUAAAAGUUUAUCAUUUUAUUGGAUCGUCCGUAGCAUUACCUUUAUGUGGCUUAUUAGAAGUAGUUAAUAUAGUACCUCACAGCACAUUUUUAUCCACUGCAUAUGUUGGUUUGACGGCAGGAGCAGUAUUGUCUCUUGUUACCUGGCCUUUUCAUAAUGUUAUAGGAUUUCUUUACAUCAGUGAAGAUAAUAAUAAAAUAAAAAUAUCCUCUGUUGAUUUCUGGGGUAAAAGAAAAGAUAGCAUCAUAAAUACUGAUGACUGGAUACCUCUCCUUGAACUGCCACCAAAGACAAUGGAUGCUGUUUAUUUAACACCUCAGUUGACCAAUGGAACAAAAUACAAGCUGUUAAUUAAAUUUGGUAAAGUUUUCAAUUCUAACAAAAUUGGUAAAGUCUUAGAAUAAGUAGACAUAAUUGUAAAUAUAAAUAAUUUUACUGUUUGUUAUUAAACAAUUUCAACAGGAA